AUGGCUGCGAUACGCAGCUUGUUGAAUCCUAUGCCAGAGUCUGAAACACGCACUUUCCAGCUACCAAGUCCAAGUCCAAGCACACACAACGCCGAAUUGACCUCAGCCACGUACCCACGAAAGAAGCAGAAGCUUUGCAAAGAUGCUGCAGUCUUCGUCAAAGGCACCAUCCAUGGAGAAUGUCGCUAUCCUGCUUACGAAGCUCACGAUAAGAUACUUGCAGCCCAUCAUCAAGAACAUCACAUCCACCCACUGGGCAAAAUCAUGGACUAUCCUCGCACUGUUCCUUACAAUAGCGAGAAGAAGUCGUUUCUUGAAAAGACGCAGCGUGACGGGUUCGAAGUAUUUCACUACGAGUUCACGGCCCAGGGUGAUGACAAAGUGCAGACCAUGAUGUGGGAUUACAAUAUUGGCCUGGUGCGGACAACACCUCUCUUCAAAUGUACAGGUUAUUCCAAGACGACGCCGGCGAAGAUGCUGAACCGCAAUCCCGGCUUGCGGGAGAUCUGUCAUAGCAUUACGGGUGGCGCGUUGGUUGCACAAGGUUACUGGAUGCCCUUUGAGGCUGCCAAGGCCAUUGCAGCCACCUUCUGCUGGAAAAUACGCUACGCACUGACUCCAGUCUUUGGUCCUGAAUUCCCCGAGAUGUGUCUUCGACCCGAGUCUGAAGGAUUCGGCAGCAUGAUUAUUGAUCCUGCAAUUACUGAGCGGUGCACCGAGCAGGCACAUUUCUAUCGUCAGCUCGAAGUAGAGACCUCCCCUGGGACGGCUACGGUUAUGCGCAGUCCGCUGACGCCUGAAUCACCAUCACUACCCAGGAAUGUGAAGCAACUUCGUCCAAAGGUGCGGCAGUUCGCCAGUGCUAGAAGUGGCUACAGUUCGGAUUCUAGCUUCGAAGACAGUCAUGCAUCGACCUCUGUCUCGCCGACUCUUCCUUAUUGCAAUACUUGGACUCCGGCGAAUACUCCUCGGUCUAUCGGUCCUUCGUUCCACGGUCAUCUUCCGUCUCCCAGGCAAAUCCUGGCAGGCAUGUCAACAGAGGCCAUGCAUUCAGACGAGGAGGAUCACAAAUCAGCCGCGUCAGUUAGUACGUCCAGCACAACAUCGUUGCUCCUCAAGUCUCGACCCGAAGCUCACGAGGACGAUGACGAUGAGUAUCACGAUGAUACCGGAAGCGUAUCCAGCUCCUCGAUCGCAGUCUCUAUCCUGCCCGAGGUUCAGGAGAGAAGCUGCAAGGGCUCGGUGAUGAGUGAUGAGAAAGCUGCAUACUUGCUGCUGAAGCUGAAUAUGGAGGCUGGGAUGAAUCAGGCUCCUAGGGGUGGGAAGCGUCGAGCCUCGACAUGA